AUGCUUCGGUUGGGGCCAUACCCGCCUCCGCUGAUCGACAUCUCUGACCCCGAGGAACUCUGGACAGAAAAAGCCGAGGGUGUUCCAAUCCUUGCCAGUGACCUCGAAUCAAGUGUUGCUUCGCCUUGGGAUGAUCCGUCGGAGCCACGUUGCCUGGAGAUUUUGGAGGCGAAGCCCGAGUCCGUGCAGGAACACAUUAAUGCCGUCCUGGGCUUCAAUACCUUCCGCCGACUUGGGCAGGCGGAGACGGCCCUGCCAUCCGAGCUCCAGGCCGAACGGCGUGAGGAGCUACGAGAGCGGGCACUGGAGGCCUUGAAGGCCGCAAUGCAGCGGCGGGCGACAGAGGAGAAAUAUGCUGAGACGGCCGCGGCCACGAUGGUGCCGCAAGCGAGCCCGCAACUGUCCGUGACGUCAGUGACGACGGGAACACCUUCGUCUUCUCAAUCCGAGGUUGGUUCCAAUGGCGGAGUGGAGGAGGACUCAGCCUGGGAGGACCAUGUCCACUCUCAGAUCCGUUGGGCUGCCGAGGCAGCAAAGUUCCGUCAGGAUGACGCUGCGCUGCCUUGGGCAGAAGCGCUACGGGGGCUUGGCCCUCCUGGCCAGUUCGAGGCAACCUCAGCUCAGAUUCGGGCCGCUGAAUACUUUCAGGAGCAGCAACUGUAUGAGCAGUAUCUUCUAGAGUUGCAACGUUAUCAACAGGCACUUGGGAGGCACGGUGUGCAACAGAAGCUGGUGCAGAUGCAACAGCAGGCUGCCUCCUAUGCUGAAGCCUCGAAUCUGAUGUCAGCGCAGCUGGCACAGUACCGGCUACUACAGGAGCGAGCCCAGGCACCCGGGCUGUGGCGGGCUGUGGAAACACGUGCAGCAGUCACACUUCUCGCAGCAGAUGCCCAACUCUUCGAUGAUGAGCUUCCUGACUUCGAUGACCAGGAGGAUGCAAAGAAUGAUGAGGGCAAGGAGGCGGAGGCCAAGAAGAAUCAGGCUGCCCUCCACGCAUCCGGCUUCAAGGACUUCCUGCUUAAGCCUGAGCUAAUCCGAGCCAUCGUGGACUGCGGCUUUGAGCACCCAUCAGAGGUGCAGCACGAGUGCAUCCCGCAGGCGAUUCUUGGCACGGACGUGCUUUGCCAGGCGAAGUCCGGCAUGGGCAAGACUGCAGUUUUCGUGUUGGCCUGCUUGCAGCAGGUGGACUCGUCUGAGAAGGCCGUGCGAACUCUGGUGAUCUGUCACACGCGCGAGCUGGCGUAUCAGAUCAAGCAUGAGUUCGAGCGAUUUGCAAAGUACUUUCCAGAGGUCAAGACAGCUGUGGUGUAUGGUGGCACCCCUUUGCAGAAUGACAAGGAUCUUCUAAAGGACUCCUGCCCUCACAUUUUGAUUGGCACACCUGGCCGCGUCUUGGGGCUCCUCCGGGAGAAGGACCUCAAGCUUGACAAGCUCCAGCAGUUUGUCCUGGAUGAGUGUGACAAGUGCCUGGACAAAGUGGACAUGCGGAAGGACGUGCAGCAAAUCUUCAUGGAAACGCCCAAGAAGAAGCAGGUCAUGAUGUUCAGUGCAACCAUGUCCGCGGAAACUCGGGCCCUCUGCAAAAAGUUCAUGCAGGACCCGCACGAGAUCAGAGUCGACGAGGAGUCCAAGCUCACACUGCACGGCCUGUUGCAGUACUAUGUGAAGCUCACCGAAAAGGAGAAGAAUCGAAAGCUAAACGACCUUCUGGAUGCAUUGGAGUUCAAUCAGGUGGUCAUCUUUGUGAAGUCCGUGCAGAGGGCCAUCGCACUUGAUAAGCUUCUGGUGGAGUGUAAUUUUCCAUCCAUCGCCAUCCACUCCGGGCUUCAACAGGAGGAACGUAUCACGCGGUACAAGCAGUUCAAAGACUUCCAGAAGCGGAUCCUGGUAUCCACGGACCUCUUUGGGCGAGGUAUCGACAUCGAGCGUGUCAACAUUGUAGUCAAUUACGACAUGCCAGACGAGAGUGACUCUUACCUUCAUCGUGUAGGUCGAGCAGGGCGCUUUGGCACAAAGGCGCGGCGACCAUUUCGGUGCAGUUUCCGGUUCGCGCAUCAGGCGCUACUUGUAAGCUUGGUGUGUGUGUACAGGCCUGAAGGACUGCCUAUACCAUAUGAGAAGAAUGAACUUAGUCAAAUUUGA